ACCAAGGGGAAACACGGUUGGGGAAUUCCCCAUUAAAGAAAUAGUUGCAAUCCAAUUAGCAAUCAGGGAUUCAUUUAAUUGUAAUAUGUUUCAAGUUGAAAAAUCAUAUACAUUAAAAUGUACUAAUAUGUUGCUCAUUAAUAAAAAUUGUGGUUCAUUGAUUGAACAAAUAUAUUCUGUUAAUCAUUACACUGAUGUGUGUAUAAACUUGGCAGGGGUAAUAUUGAACCAUGGUUCAAACUUUCAUUUCAAUCAGUAAGAAAAUGAAACGUGGCAGAAUAAAGCUACAAAGUUUAUAAUAUAAAGAGAGAGAUAUAGUUUAUUAAAAUAAUUUUAAUUUAUGUUUCCUGUGUUAUGCAAUUCACAAGUAAUAGGGGUUAUAACUAAAAUAAAUAAAGUCAUGUCACGUCAACCUUUAAUAGACAGAUCCAAUGAAAAAGUAGGUGUAAGCAACACUUCUGCAGCUCAAUCUGAUUCACAGAAAGCUUACUUCAACCAGAACUUUAACAAGUAUGGGACCAUCAAUGUGGAUGCUGCAGUGAUUGAUGAAACUAUCACACAGGUCGUUGAUGAGGAUCCAAAUAAUCAGCAAGAUGAACCUCAACCAACUGAGGUUCAGCUGCAACAGAAUGUAUUAGAACAGAAGGCUCAUUUGGAAAAGCUUAAAGAAAUUGUACAAAAGAAGAAAUUUGAUUCGGUGAUAAAACCAGAAUGGGAAGAAUUUAUAUACGAGAAAUGGAAAAAUUAUGGAGGUUAUGCAGAACUUGUGAUGUUUCUGUUUCAAUGUUUAAUGGCAAUCGUUUGGACAAUAUUCCCUGUUCGUGUGUCAUGGUACAAAAGAAGAAACAGCGCAGUUAUUGCUAGAAAUGUUUUGGCUACAGUUGUGACAGUAGUCCACACCGGUAUGAUGAUAAUACAUAACAAACGAAAGGAGCCAUCUAAACCUCAACAGAAACUUUUUGUAUCCAUAAUGCAGUGGUUGUGGCACUGGUUUAAACCAGGCUUCAAACUUCUCAAGAUCUUGUUGCUUUUUACUACGACAAAUCUACACGGGUGAUGUCCUGCAGCGUGGCAUGCCAUGGGACCUAGGAUUCAUGCCAGUAUCGGCACAUUACCCCCAACACCCAUAGUGCUACCACAUAGACCCCACAAUAAAGUAUUGCCAGUGGCUUUCCCGAAGGUGGGCGACGAGGGCUUCAGUAGUAAUAGAUGGGAG